GCUGUCAACAUCAAGAACUCGCAUUCUCUUUUUUCAUUCUGAUUACUUUUACUUGUGAGGUGUUUCUUUUUUUAAUUCAGCUGUUUUUCAGCAGUAUAUUUAAUUUAUCGGAGUGCUGCUCGGCUUAAUCAUCUGCAGAUUUUAAUUUUGGUAUCAAACCUGCUGGUAAGAAAAUGUCCCGCUCUAGUGCUCUGGAUUUAGACAGAUACAGCAGCUUGGAUAAAUCCCGUCGGUCGGCUAGUAGCAGCCAGACCAGGGCCAAGGCCAAGCCUGGGGAAGUCCUGUGUGACUUUUGCACAUCAAGGAAGCAGAAGGCUGAGAAGUCCUGCUUGGUGUGUCUGGCAUCCUACUGCGAGGCCCACCUCCAGUCACACUAUGACUACCCUACCCUGAUGAAGCACAAACUGGUCAAAGCAACGGGUCAGAUGAGAGAGAAGGUCUGUGCACAGCAUGACAAGUUGUUGGAGGCUUUUUGUCGCACGGAUCAGACAUCAGUCUGUGUUCUCUGCAUGAUGGAUGAACACAAACACCACGACAUCGUUCCAGCUGGAACUGAGAGGACGGAGAAGCAAAAACAACUUGGCACCACGCUGCACAAAUCUCAAUACAGGAUUGACCAGAGAAUUAAAAAGUGGCAGGAUCUAAGACAAUCUGUCGAAUCAGUUAAACACUCUGCUCAGACAGUCCUAGAGGAGAAUGAACGGAUUUUCACCGAGCUUCUGCUUACUAUAGAGAGGAAGUACAAUGAAGCCAAGGAAAUGAUCCGUUCCCAUGAAAGGAUCACUGUGACAAGGGGUGAGAUACUUCUAGACCGCAUGGAGGAGGAGAUCACUCUGCUGAGGAAGAAGCACCACAACCUGGAGAAGCUCUCACACACCGAUGAUCACAUACACUUUCUACAGAGCUGGCAGUCUCUGUCUGGCCCCUCUGGAUAUGAAGACCUAAACAACAUCAACGUCGCUCCCAAUUACUCUUUUGAUGCUUCAAAGAGAGCCAUCGCUGCAAUGAAAAUACAAAUAGAAGAAGACAUCAAGAUGGAAAUGAGCAAAAUAGCCGCAGCAGUAAAAGAAGUGUACAUCACACAAGAAGCUGAAACAAAGACAAGUAGAGAAUCAACUCUGAGGUUAGAGCCAAGGAUCAGAGAAGAACCACAGACGAGAGAAGACUUCCUGAAAUAUUCUUGCCAGUUGACUCUGGAUGUUAAUACCAUCCACCCCAAUCUUCACCUCUCCGAGGGUAACAAGACAGCUACCAUGAAAAACGAACCCAAGAACUACCCUGAUCAUCCAGAUCGAUUUGAUCAUUGGCAACAGGUGUUAUGCAAGGAGAGCGUGAGUGGAACCCGCUGUUACUGGGAAGUGGACUGGAAGGGCACAGAGGUGGACGUUGCGGUUACCUACAGAGGAAUCCGACGCAAAGGGAAUGGCAAUGACUGCAGUCUGGGCUGGAAUGACAGGUCCUGGAGUUUGUACUGCAGCGAUUCCAAAGUGUCCUUUGUGCACAACAAUAAAAAUAAAGACAUCCCAGCACGGGUGUCCUCCCGUAUUGGGAUCUACCUGGACCAUGCUACUGGAACGCUUGCAUUUUACAGUGUCUCUAAUGGCAUGCAGCUUCUGCACACAGUCCAGACUACGUUCACAGAGCCCCUCUAUCCUGCUUUCAGCGUGUGGGGCUUUGGGACUUCUAUAAGACUGUAGAACAUCAAGUGUUUCAUCCAGACCUGUAACAUUCAUAACCUUUUUUCGGAAACCUGAUAGUGAGUAAAUUAUUUAAUCGUGUUUGUUUUUUAGAUUUUUCUAAAAUAUGUUUUUCUACAUUUGAACUAUAACUGAUACGAUUGCUGAUUGAUGGUCUGAUGAAAUUGAUAUGAUACAUGUGACUUGUAAGCAAGAAAAUAUUAAAAUAACCAGUUCUGAUAUUUUCUAAACACUUCAUUGUAUUUCCUUUAUGUAACAUUUAAUUUAUAGUUAUG